CUCUCGCUUCUUCUAUCUCAAAACCCUCGUAGAUUAAACCAAACCCCUCAUCAGCUCAGCUGACACUGCUCCUCUGCGACUGUGAACCCUAAUCCUCCCCCCUUCUCUAUCUGUCAUCCCCUACAGCCAUGACGGAGCUCAGAAUCUCAGCCGAGUCUCGAGACCUUACCAGAAUCGAGCGUAUUGGCGCCCACUCCCACAUCCGUGGCCUCGGCCUUGACUCCUCCCUUGAGCCUCGCGUCGUCUCCGAGGGCAUGGUUGGCCAGACCUCCGCCCGCAAGGCCGCCGGAGUCAUUCUUCAGAUGAUCAAAGAGGGGAAGAUCGCUGGUCGAGCAGUUCUCAUUGCAGGCCAGCCCGGGACCGGGAAGACCGCCAUUGCUAUGGGCAUGGCCAAGUCUCUUGGGUUGGAGACUCCAUUCGCUAUGGUAGCUGGUAGUGAGCUCUUCUCUCUAGAAAUGUCGAAGACUGAAGCUCUCAAGCAGGUCUUCAGGAAAGCAAUUGGAGUGAGAAUCAAGGAGGAAGCUGAGGUCAUUGAAGGAGAAGUUGUGGAAGUACAAAUUGACCGCCCCGCUGUGGCUGGUGCUGCCUCGAAGACAGGCAAGUUGACUCUGAAGACAACAGAGAUGGAGACGAUAUAUGAUAUGGGGGCGAAAAUGAUUGAGGCAUUGAGCAAGGAGAAGGUUCAGAGCGGGGAUGUGAUUGCCAUAGAUAAGGCCUCAGGGAAGAUUACAAAGCUCGGGAGAUCAUUCACGAGGUCAAGGGAUUAUGAUGCUAUGGGACCUCAGACUAAGUUCGUGCAGUGCCCUGAUGGGGAAUUGCAGAAGAGGAAGGAAGUGGUGCACUGCGUUACGCUCCAUGAAAUAGAUGUUAUCAAUAGCAGGACUCAAGGAUUCUUGGCUCUCUUCACUGGUGAUACUGGUGAGAUCCGAUCAGAAGUCCGGGAGAGAGUUGACGAGAAGGUGAUGGAGUGGAGGGAUGAAGGUAAGGCGGAUAUAGUCCCCGGAGUGCUCUUCAUUGAUGAAGUCCACAUGCUUGACAUUGAGUGCUUCUCCUUCCUCAACCGUGCCCUCGAGAAUGAGAUGGCCCCAAUCCUGGUUGUUGCCACCAAUAGAGGAAUCACCACCAUCCGUGGAACAGACUAUAAGUCCCCGCAUGGGAUUCCACUUGACCUCCUGGAUCGGCUCCUCAUCAUCACCACUCAGCCUUACACCGAAGAUGAGAUCUGUAGGAUUAUUGACAUCAGGUGCCAGGAAGAGGAUGUGGAGGUCUCUGAGGAGGCAAGGCACCUGCUGACAAAGAUCGGGGCAGACACUUCCUUGAGGUAUGCAAUCAACCUCAUAACCUCAGCUGCACUGGCAUGUCAGAAGAGGAAGGGAUCGGUUGUGGAGUUGAGAGAUGUCCACAGAGUCUACACACUGUUCCUAGAUGUGAAGAGGUCGACCCAGUUUUUGAUGGAGUAUCAAAGCCAGUACAUGUUCAAUGAGCCUGCGGAAGAGGAGGAGCAGGAAGAACCCAGCGCAAUGAUUUCAUGAGGCCAGUUGAAGUGAAUAUGCUGCUCUAACUUGUUCGGGUUAUUGGGAAUAUUGAUGGGGGGUUCAUGGGUGCGGACCCUUGCGUUUCUUAGGUGUAAAGAUUGAAAUAGUUUUGUGUGGGGUUCGCCUUUCACUUAUUGGAUUGAAUCAUGAAACGAAGUUGAAGCAUCCUUGUAUUUUGACAUUCCAAAUGGCAAUGAAAGCCAAUUGAGAGCUAUGUUGAAAGAGCAUCUUUUCUAA